AUGGAGAAGGAUAAACAAGUGAGUUUAGGCAAAUCAAUGCCCGAAAGUGCGUAUAUCACCACGGAAUACCUCGUUAAGCUGAUGGACAAAGAGUUCUGUCAACGUGAGAAAGCAGAAAAUGAGUGUAUUAUUAAGGAUAUUGAGAAAGAGAUAGCUAAUUUAGUGCGAACUAAGAGCUUAGAUAUUCUUAAAGAUCUAGAUAAGGGUCGAAGUAUGGGCCAGGGCAUGGACUUACUAAAUAAGAAACUAGAAGAUUUAAUGCAUGCGAUUGAACUAAGUACAGCUACUAGGGUUGAAGAAAAGAAGGAAAAGAAGAGCUUAAAAGCCGCUCGAGAACGAGUUGAAGUGCUUACUGAUGCUAUCUCUAAGCUAAAAGUAGUUCUAGACGCCAUAUCUUACUUAGAGAAGUUAUCAGUCAAAACAAUAGUUAAAAUGGAACAGUUACUGAACAAAAGAGAAGAAGUGAGUGAUGAUGAAAUUCGAGGGGUGUACUUAUGGGUGCGAGCUUUAAAGGAGGCCGAGAGAGGGAGUAAGUACUUUGCCAGUUAUAGUUUCUACAGUAAACUCAUCAAUACAGUUGAAAGUGGGAAGGAAAGAUUGCUAGCAGUAGCUAAUCUCAUGACGCAGUGGUGGAUUUGUGAGCUGAUGGAUGGUUUGGUUGAGUGUGCCCAAAUGAGCGAAUCCGAGAAGAAGACUAGUUUUGCCUACAAGGAGUUUCAGGAAGCACGAAGCUUUGCCCUGCAUAACCAGGUGCUGAUUCAUAUGGGCAAGUAUAUCUAUGAGGAACUGUACAAGAAAGAUGAAUUCUUGCACUAUGUAAACAAUGCUCGCAAAAGAGAGCUAAUUAAGACUUGCAAGGUCAAAAUACCUCUAACAACACCAGAGGAGACUCUUAAAGUCUAUGUUAAGACAUUUAUUGAUUUUUUGGAAUUAGAUAGUGAUAUCAAAAGAAUUGUACCGCAAUCACUUGAUCCGGCUAUUGAAGAGUACGAUUUGCAAAUCAAAAAGAAGAUUGAAACUGUACUGGAUGGAUUCCCACCCGAAUCUGUAGCUGAAAGUGGAGUGCUCAAAGUUCUUAAGGAGUUCUUUGCUUUCUUAACGGCUCAUGAGAUAUACUUUAAAGACCUCUUGGAAAUCUUAGUUCAGAUUGCUUAUAAGUGUAUUAGUACGGAUUCUGAUCGGACUAAAGAUAAGAUUGCUGCUGCUAUGAAAGAGAAUAUUGAUAUUAAGAAACAGCUAACUAUUGCUUCAUCAGCUAUCUUUCACUUCCUGAAGAGUGCUAAAACCCUUAUCACAGGUGUUGAACAGGCCGAAAACGAACUAGAUGAUAUCAUUCUUAAGUGUAUCAACGAACAAAUAGGACUUUUAAGAACUAGUUUGCCUGCCGAUCGAUCAGAUGCCGCCGUUAGUAUCAGUGGGUUUUCCGAUAAUCUACGCCAGACUCUUAAGGCCGAAAUAGGUAGCUAUACUGAUGGAACAACCCAAGUCGACGGCACACUCGCCCAAAAACUGCCUGAGCUCAAAGUCCUGGAAGAGACAGAAAAGAGGAUUCUAGAAGCUUCAGCUAAAGAACUCAAAGCCGCCAUGGAUGAUGUUCUUCGCCAGCUCCGCAUUAAAUCAACCAAAAUAACCAGCGAGACCGAAAUCACCCUCUACUCCACUCGAGUCGCAGAAAUCCUUGAUGCCUACCAGAACAAAGUCGCCCAGAAAGACAUGCUCACCCAUGUAGAAGCAGUUUUCUCCUAUGCUCUCCAAUACCUUCCCAAACUACAAACGUACCGACAAGUGGACGCACUUGAAACUGACUUUGCCAUUCUCUACAAGUCAGCCCAAUAUCUUGAUUUAGAAAGCACCAAUGUAAAAAGCAUUCUUAAGCUGUUCACUGAGGUCGAUUGUAUUAGGAAGAACAACAAAAAGCAACUAAACGAUCCCAUCGAAAACGACCUCAACGAUCUUUUCAAAAUCUACAAAAUCAAACCCCAGUAG